UUGAUCAAAUGGAAAACCACAGAAUUAUCUCUUUCACAACCAAAGUUUCUAACCUUUUCUGGGUUUUCAUAUUCCUCACCAUUGCCUUUACCACAUCAGCUAGAUUCCUCGACGAAGAACCUUCAGAGCUUCCAGCUGCCCCUGAAGCAUCAAAUCCAGUAACUACGCCAGCAACCAGUCCUGGGGUGGCUGCAACCAAUUCAGGUGUGGCAGCUGGAACUAGUGGUGCCACAUUACCCAACACUGAUCCUCACCAUACCCUAACCUUCUUCAUGCAUGACAUCCUUGGAGGAUCAAACCCCUCAGCUAGAGCCGUCACCGGCAUCGUCAACAACCCGGCAGUUAACGGUCAACUCCCUUUUGUCAAACCCAAUGGUGCAAACCUUCCCAUCAAUAAUGGGGUAGAACAAAACGCCAAUAACAAUGGCCUUAUAAACAACAACAACAUUCCUUUCCUUACAGGCCUUGGUGGCACCACACAAGCUGUGUUACAAAACAGUGGCAACAACAUGUUCAACAAUGUAUUCAACUUUCCCGCUGCCACCGGGGGCCAAUUACCGUCUGGUUCCACCCUCCAACAGCUCAUGUAUGGCACCAUAACUGUGAUUGAUGACGAAUUAACCGAAGCGCAUGAGUUAGGGUCUGGUUUUUUGGGCAAGGCACAAGGGUUUUAUGUGGUUAGUUCUGUUGAUGGUACUAGCCAAACCAUGGCUUUUACAACAAUGUUUCAAUCAGGGCACUACGUUGAUAGCCUUAGCUUCUUCGGCGUUCAUCGUACUGGUGUGUCUGAGUCUCAGCUUGCUAUCAUGGGAGGGACUGGGAAAUAUGUGAAUGCAAAAGGGUUUGCCAUAGUUAAGACUAUUCCAGCUUCAGCAACAACUCAGAAUGACACUGACGGUGUGGAGACUGUGUUGGAGUUCGCUGUUUAUGUUAGUUACUAAAUGUAUUUGCGAAUUUCUGUGUUCAAUUGACAAUUUAUGUAUGUUAUGAUUGCUGCUUUAAGGGA